UGGGCGCGAUGCUUGUAUAGGUAGAGAGGAUCGCGCCUUGUUCGGGUAGCCUUAAAACGGUCAGAUUCGCCGGUUUCAAGCUUCAGUUCAGUUUAGUUCCUGCUGCGUUGAGCUAACGAUAUACGAAUAUAGCGAGAGAGUGAGCAGAGGGCGGUGGAAAGAUUUCAAGCCUUGGACAAAGUCGUCGGUCGAACAUUGUUAGUUGUUGUUAGCGGGGACACAAAGCGGAAAGCAGGAAAAACUUUACCUAGGACCUAGGUACAUGCGAAGGCGGGUGUGUGGUGAUCGAGCAAACGGCGGAGAAACACUAACCGAGCUGAACGAACGAUCAGGUCGAGAAGGGGUCGGUCGGAUCAGUCGUGAAAGAGGUGUUGACCGGUAAACACUGAACGUCGAAGUGCUUAGAAGGGGACAAAGUGUUUGAGUGAUAAAUUGAAAACAUACGGCAAGUUUGGGGCGAAGGUGAACGAAGACCAUUACGCGUGUUAUUUACCGAAAGUUAGUCAGGCGCGAAAAAUAGUGAUCUGUUUAUGGUUGAUGCGCCAAUUGAAAGUGACGAGACGACGUUGGAUAAGAGAAUUCGGCUAUCCGGCUCCCCAAUGCUGCGGCAGCUGCUUGUCGUCGUCAUUCGGUCAGCAGCGAUCGUUUAGGCAGGACCUACAACGACCUUCCAGCAAUUGCGCGUCACUUACGGGUGUUAUGAGGCUAAUAAUAGUCAGUGUCUGAAAAACAACAGUGCCAAACUUUUUUUUUACGAUUCUGUGUUUGUGUAUCGUCUUGUGUGAAGCCCUCUUGCGUGGCCAAUUACGCUAGCUAAAAACUUUCGACCGGACUUGGAAACACCAAAAGAGCACCAUCAUGAACAAACAGUUUCCGAAACGCCAAGAACCGCCCCAAACGUCAGUGGGGGUCAAACUGCUGACAGCCGGAACGGCCGCGUGCUGGGCCGAUUUCGUCACAUUCCCGCUCGACACCGCCAAAGUGCGAUUGCAAGUCCAGGGUGAACAGCCAGCUCGCACCGCCCCCCUAACUCAGACGGCCGCACCCAGAGGUGCCAGCGCGUUCCAGGCAUUCAAGCUAAACCCAUCGGCCAUCCAGGCCAUUCCCGGUGCACAGCAUGUGCAGUACCGUGGCCUUGUCGGCACAAUCACAACCAUCACCCGGCAGGAGGGCUUCCGCACGCUGUACAGUGGCCUGUCGGCCGGACUGCAACGGCAGAUGUGCUUCUCCUCGAUCAGACUGGGCCUGUACGACACGGUGAAGGAAUUCUACGGAUCCAUCUUCAAAGAAAACGAAGCGGGCCUUCAAAUCAUGACUCGAAUCUGCGCCGGUUUGACCACCGGUGGGCUAGCCGUUGCGCUAGCCCAUCCGACCGAUGUGGUCAAGGUGCGCUUCCAGGCUGCGUCCCGCUCGGGCAACAACCGUCGGUAUACUUCCACACUGCAAGCAUACCGUACGAUACACCGCGAAGAGGGCGUCCGAGGCCUGUGGAAGGGAGCGAUACCCAACAUCGGGCGCAACGCCAUCGUCAACGUGUCGGAGAUCGUGUGCUACGACUUGGUCAAAGACUGUCUCCAGCGGUACGCCAACGUCCCGAAUGACAUCCGGUUACACUUCAGCUCGGCAGUGGUGGCCGGAUUUGCCGCCACUGUGGUCGCCUCCCCCGUCGAUGUGGUCAAGACCCGAUACAUGAACUCGCCCAAGGGUCAGUACCGGGGAGCACUCGACUGUGCCAUCAGGAUGGGCCGCCAGGAGGGAGCGGCCGCUUUCUACAAAGGUUUUGUGCCAUCGUUUGCCCGGAUCGUGUCGUGGAACGUUGUCAUGUGGAUAACGUACGAGCAGCUGAAGAUGGUCGUGUUUAAAUCGUAGGGAGGGGAACACGUUGCCUUUAGAUAGAAUAAGCUUAUUUUUACACUUUUUACAUAGACUGGAGAUUUUGAGAAUCGUGUAUAUUUUUAUAUUUUAUGACUACCAAGAAUAUUGUGAUGUAAAAAAUGAGGAAAACGAAUAUUGUAAACGUGGAUAUUAUCUGUAUAAAGAGUAUAUUUUGACCAAACAA